AAGACUGCUUUUUAGCCAAGAGACCCGCAGUGUCCAGCACACAGGUGAUGUGUGAUUUAACCCUCGCAGUGCGGGUCGGUGGGUCCUGCAGUCAGCGGGCAGCUGUUUCCUGGGGAUCUCUGAUGUAGACGCAACCUGUGUGCGUCUGGAUAUCAGUCCGUGUCCAAGCUUUAAGUACUUUUGUUUGGAGAAUGGAUGAAUUUAAAGGCUGUAAUCUGGACUACAUACCCGAAAACAUUUUAAUAGACGUGUUGUCGUAUUUGAGCGUGCGAGAGCUCGUGAGAGCCGGAAGAGUGUGUAAGAGGUGGAGACGCCUCGUGAGGGACCAGAGACUGUGGAGACUCGUGGAUCUGUCUGCAUGGAAAGGGGUGACGUCCCGAAUCCUGUGGCUCCUGCUGCGUCAGUACCUGGGCUGUGGACUGAGGUGCCUUCGGUUGCGUGGUUUGCUGCUUUCUGCUCGAGGUGGCUCCUUCCUCUCUGAGUCUUGGCUCAAAGCUUUGUCCACGAAGUGCCCUCGCCUGAGUAAACUCUACCUCCUGCACACAGACCUCAGGUGUCUGCCCAGCUGCCAGCUCCUGCCUCCGUCUCUGCAGGUGCUGGAGCUGUGCGGCUGUGAGCUGCCUCUCGACUUUUUCAACCAGACUGUGAUUUCACCUGCUCGCCCCCAAGAAGCCACAUCCAGCGCUCAGCAGCAAGGAAAGGAUCGGAAAGGAAAAGUGCAGGGCUCUCCGUCAGGGAUCGGUAUCGAGAGGUUAGUCCUAAACAAUGUGCCCUCUUUCACAGACCAGCAUCUGCAGAGUUUGACAUCGUGGGAGAGGCUCAGCCGGUUGGAGCUGCGCGACACCUUUCGAGUGUCGGCUAACGGGCUCAGGAGCUGCGCUGCCAAGGACGGCGGCUGUGGGGUGGAGGGGCUUUCGAGACUCAAGUUCCUGGAAAUAGGCAUCACUGGGCGACAAGGCUACCAGUUACAGAUGGCGUCCCUGGGUUUGGGGGCGGGAUGGAUCGGGCUGGAGGAGCUGAGUCUGGGGGGUAAGGAGGUGGGGCCCGGUUUGCUGUGUGCCAGCCGACUGAAGGACCUGAAGAGUCUGUGCCUGUGGGCCUGCACGCUCAACGAGACGCAGGUGGUGCGGAGCUGCAGGAUGUUCCGCGGGCUCCGCAGGCUGGAGUUUCUGGACGUGAUCUUCCUGCCUCGGCAGUGUCCACCAGUCGUGGAGGGCGAGGCCGGCGGUGGUGAGGAGCAGGACGACGAGGAAGCUGCAGGAGAAGAUAACAGUAACGAUGAGAACAAAACACUAGACAUGAACGAUCCCAUUCCCAGUCUGCGUCGCUCGCUCGCCGUCCUGCUGCCGUCCUGCACCGUAGUUUUUACUAACUGCUCCGUUCAGAUCAAUGCAGACUAAUCAGGUCUGUAAUACAAGAGGCCGCGAUCAAUACUGUUCGCUGUCGCACAGAUAUAUGUCCUUUUAUGUAGCGUUAUAGACAUAACAUUUAGCAUUAUGUCUUUAGGCACAUAGGCGUACAAAAUAUUACAAUCAUGUUUUAGAUCCUCAUUAGGAACGUCCCAGUCAAGUACUUUUGGCUCGAUCCCGGUCUGAGUCAGCUGAUAUUGAGUAUCUGCUGAUAUUUAGUCCUGAUCCGAUACUUGUAUUUACCUGCUGAUGAUGCAGCGGCACAGUACACACUUCACAUACUUUAGAGUGAUACAAAGUGCAGCGUUUUGUGUUUUUAACAAAGUAAACAAACCAAAAAAUGUCUUCAGAAAUUGCUCUUAAAUCCACGUAGUGUAGCAUUGUAAUAAAAGUACAGAAAACCAUAAAUGAGUAACAUAAUCACAGUUUCACUUCAAAGUCGGGUUUCAGCUGAACUUGAACUUGAACUAAACCUCUGAAACUUGAGAAAAUUGGUUUGAUUUUUUUGUCAACUGUUUUUUUUUUGUUUGUUUGUUUGUUUGUUUUGGGAAAAAAAUGACGACCAACUUGGCAAGACGUAUCUAGCAAAUUAGCAAAAUUAUUACUAAAAAGUGACAAAGAAAUGACCUGAAAGUUAGCUGUGGGGGAUCAUAAGAUAUUAAAACUAAAUAAAUAAAUAGGAAAAAAAUCUGCACUUCAAGGUUAUUUUUUUC